UAAUACUAAUAAACAACCGAAGCUUAUGGCAUAUUGAUUGAAGUAUUCUAUACUGUUACUGUCAGUCUACUUCCUUCUUAAUAUUAGUAUCACUGGAGUAUUUAAUAUUUACUCAGCAGUACGUCUAAACGCUAAAAAUAAUUUAUCUAUAUCCGUGAUGGGCACAGCACAGAUAGCCUAUGGUGUUGUUUUGUGUUUAAUUAUAAACGAGUAAAACAGUGUGUUAAGCUCCACUUAGGCCUAGGCAAAGGUACUAAGCCGUAGUAAGUGUACACGAUCAUCUACGAAAGAGAUUUAAACGUUUGGUCUAACUUGCGUAACUAAGGUAAACUACUUUAUAUUACCUUAAUUUUGCCAACGAAAAGAACGUGUAUGUGAUUGCGUUUGUAAAUACUUUUGCCCUUCAUUGCAACUAAACAAUGUUACUGUUAGCUAAUGUCACAAUUACCACGAAAAUUAUAGGAUAUCGACUUCUCUUGUGUUUCGUGCCUAAAGUUACAUCUGUAAUGCAUAUGAAUUUUUCUCAUGUUUCAUAUAAUUACAAAGCAUUCAUUCCAUCUACCUUGUAUGUUUCUGGGCGUUAUGGCAAAAAAAUAUUUCCAGUAGUUUCACCUAAUCUGGAUCUUGAUUUCUACUUAAAAAACUGGGAGAAUUUGCAGAAAAUGAGUGAAUUAAGAGGGACUAAGCUUCCAGACCUCACUGACACUCUAAUACAAAUAGUCUCUCUUAAAAAACAACUACAAGAAUUGCUUAGAAGGAAGGAAAAUAUAAGCCAGAAAUUACAAGAGCUCUCAAAAACAAACCAUAUAACUUCAGAAGAAAAGGAGAAUUGGAAAGUGGAAGGAAGGAAGGUGAGGGAAGAAAUCAAACAUGUUACUGAGAAGAUGUGGGAUUAUGAAGAUGAUGCUAUACCAGUAUUACUAUCAAUUCCUAAUAACAUUCAUCCAGACACUCCACUACAAGAUGAUGAUAUAAUUGGGAACUUUUGUUCCAAUAAUCAAGACAACUGUAUUCAAAAUCUCAAAGCUUGUAGAAGCCACCUUCAGGUGUUACCUAAUGAUAUUCAGUUCUCAAAUGUUAGUCCAUGUUCAUAUUAUUUAACAAGAAAUGCUGCUUUACUUGAACUUGCACUUAUUUACUUUUUCAGCCAUCAUCUGGCAGAUGCUGGUUUAACAGAAAUCAGUUGUCCAGAUAUUGUUAAAAGUGUCAUUGUAGAAGGAUGUGGAAACAGCUUCAUGUCAUCUAUUUCUCUAAUAUCUGAACAAAAGGGUGCCAUGUCAAUUUUGACUGGUGGGGCAAGUUUUGAAUCCUUGAUUGCAUAUUUCACAAGAAGCAUUGUGGAAAAAACUUCACUACCAUUAACAUUUUUCUCUGUUGGAAGAUGUUAUCAGUCAUUAAAUCCUCAACAGUUAACAAUUCCAGGUUUAUUUUCAGUUCCACAAAGAACAGAAAUUCAUUUCAUCAUAGCAUGUGAGGAAAGUAAUGAAAAAGAAAAUUUUGGAAAGUUAGUAACCCUUCUUCAACAGUGUUAUAGUUUGAUUAAUUUACCUUUCAGAAUUAAAAAACUUGCAUCUAAAAAUCUUGGUGCAGCAGAGAGUUUACGUAUAGAAUUUGAAGUGUGGGCACCAGCAUUAAACGAUUAUGCAUUAUGUGCUACUAUUAUUAGGAAUGGUGAGUAUAUUAGUAAAAGAUUGAUGAUGAGACAUUGUUCUAAAGGUAAUCCAAAUGGGUUUUUGCAUUUGAUUCAUGGAACUGUUGUUUCUAUUCCUACUCUAAUUGCAGCCAUUAUAGAAAAUUGUCAGACAUCAGAUUGUUCAUUUGUUGUUCCAAAAGUUCUUCAAAGUUACAUGCUGUCAUGAAACAACAUUAUGCUUACCUGAUACAGACUAUGUUGCAAACAUGUCUGUGUGCCUCUUCUUUAUUUAUAUUUUGUUGUAUUCUUCUUGUGAUCAUUUUUUUCAGAAACAAAAUAUAAACUAAUUCAUUAGGAUAGCAGCAAAUGAUGAAUAAUUAUUGUAUUUAAAAUAUUGUAACUAAUUUUUCCAUGAAAUCAAGUGAAAAAUGUAAGUUAGGGACUGUUUAUUUUUAGACUUUAUAGCUGUAUGAAAUCUGUAUUUUAUUAUUCAAGAGUGGUACAUGAACAAGGUUAUUGGUAAUUAACUUACAUGAACUAGGUUAUUGAUAAUUACUUUGUGGUCUGUAUUUCAUUAUUUUAAAAUUUUGUGGUUGUAGUGAUUGAAAAUAAAUUUUUAAUUUCCAAAGAAAAGUCAUAUUCCUAAUAUAUUAGAAAGUUUUCUAUUUAACUUGACAUUUGAGGGACAGCAAAAGCCUCCUGUGACUGUCUCAUUCAUUUUAUCAAACACCUAUUUACCUAUAUCCAGCCCUGAGUUUUUAAAGUAUUUAUCAAGCAUUCCCUUUAACUCUCCCAUUCCUGUUGCAUCUACCAUGUCUGAAGGCAAUCUAUUCUAAAGUCUGACUAUACUGUCUUAUAUCCUGCCAAAUUAAAAAUCUACAUCUCCUAUCCCUACCACCCUUACCACUAAACUCGAAGAAAAGAUAAUGCAUCAGUCAUGUUUAUUCCAUUUAUAAUUUUGAACACCUCAAUCAGAUCCCCUCUAACCCUUCUUUUCUCAAGAAAAUAAUUUUAAGAACCGUAAUCUUUCAUCAUAUGGCAGCCCCUUCAUUUCUGAAAUAUUAGUAGCUCUCCUUUGAACCCUUUCCAACAACUCGGCAUUCUUUAUAAAGUAAGGAGCCCAAGACUGAACACAAUUCUCAAAAUGAGGCUUAACCAAAGAUCUGUACAAAGAAAUGAUCGUCUUUGACUUAUAUUGAGUAUUGCUGUAGAUAUAACCCAAAAUCCUAUCUGCUUUCCCACUGGCAACAAUAUACUGUCUGAAAGGCAUAAGAGACUGAUAGUUAAAACAUGAAGAUUCUUGUCUACCAUAAUACUACUGAAUAGUUCUAAGUAAGGUGGAAAUUAAGUUAAAUGCAUUUAGCAUAAUCAAAUGCCAUUGAUUUAUCAAAUUUGUCUAGUGGUUGAAAUCCUCUUGAGAAAACAAGAACAUUCUCCUCACAACCAACUACACCAAAAUUUAAAUAUUAUCAAACUUGACCACUUCUUCAUC